UCGGAGUCGCUCUGAGGAAGUGUAUUGAGAAGAAGAGAAAGAGAGAGAGAGAGCGCUUCUCUCCGAGCGCCCGCAAACAAAAGAGUCGAAAACAAACCUCGCGACGCUACUUAUCGAACAGCGCGAACUGGAAAAGCCCCUUUUCCCUCCCACUCACAGGACAACUCGGAACAUUUAGUUUUACAGAGCUGCCUGCAGUCAGAGAAGAUCUAAAUGCAACUUAUUUUCUUUUCGCCUCUGUCUUCUUUUCUAAGUGGAUUUCUGUUGCAUGGUCUCUACUCGUCGUCGUCGGCUUUUCGUCUCUCCCUGAUCCCCUAAGCCGUAUGCCCCAGGAACAUGUCCAGACGGCAAUACCGGGCCGAUGGCCCAGCCUUCUUAAAGGAGCAGGGGGAAUGCGGAGAGAGCGCUUCCCGGGCCGAGCCGUGCGAGAGCCCUCAGCCCAGAGAUCUGGAACUGGUUUUUAGGGGCGGGAUCGCGGUGCCCAGUAGCCUUGUGGCUUACCAGUCAAGGUCGCCAGUGUUCCGAACCCUCUCCAGGUCGUCGAGUGGAUAUUUUUCCUUCGACAGUGAGCCGAGCUCUCCGCUAAUCACCCAUAGCACGGCCACUCAGACCCCGAGCCCGUCUAGUCAAGUGAUAACGCACGCCCUGCAGCGCAUUUCCGAAGCGCGAGGCGACGCGCACAAUCAUGAAUUAUGGCCUUCUCUCCAUAACCACUAUCCACCCCACGGAGCAUCAUCUGCGGGGGACAUGCAAGCAGAGGUGUACGUUGCGUUAGAGUUGCGGCGCAUCGGCGAUGAAUUUAACCAGCUUUAUUUUCAAGAGGCAGAAAGAAAUGGUGUCGUAGCCCAUCAGCAGGCCCAGAACGAGCCUGCCAUCAUGCUGUGGGUGGGCCUCCUGAUUGGACGGCUUUUACAGUUUCUCCUGAGACAAAGAUGAUGGACACAGAGAACCCAGCAGACAAGUAGUAGCACCCAAUUGUAGAUAUGUAAAUAUGACUCUCCAGAAACUCUGCUCUCUCUCUCUCUCUCUCUCUGUCUCUCUCUCUCUCUCUGUCUCACAAUUCGUGUGUGUAUGCGGACUUCGACAUUCCCUAUCCAGAGGAGAAUUUUGACCUGGAAUGUGCUGGAAUUCUGGGAUGUAUUCUGGAGUCAUAGACAGCUGUGUUUCCUGCAUAAACAUGGAAAGCUGAGCCAAUAAAACACUGGGUCGAGAAGAUGGCGAGGCCUCUCUCUAUCUCUGGAGUUUUUCCGUUUUUCACCAAGUGAGGACGUGUUAGAAACAUGCCUUAAUUGCCUCAGUGCUCUAAUCUUUCCCUUUCAGCAUUUGUUUUCUUAUUGUUUGUCAUUUUUUUAUUUUACCUAUGUAUAUCUUUUAAAAACCUGCCUUUGUUCUGUAUUUAUUUGCCACUGUUGUAUUUAAGUUGUGUUUUGUUUUGUUUAUAAUUGAAGUGGAUUAGUUAGAGGUAAUGUUGCAGUUCUGCCUGCCCUUCGUUAGUAACUUAAAAUUUGCACUUCUGUUUGAAUAGUAUAGUCUGUACAUGACGAUCCACAAAAUGCUUUAAUAAUCAUGUAUUUACCUGAGGAUCUUGAUGGAAACGAGGAAAUCUACAACAGAUUAUCGACAGAUUAUGAACGUUAAAGAAAUGCACCCUGUCAGACAUUCAGCAAGUUGUUAAUUUCACCUUUUGGCUUUUCAAAAACCUGAGGGACAGCCAUCCCACAAUGUUAUUGUCAGAGAAACAUUAACUUUGGCUUAGUGCCCUUGCACUGUUCAGGCCAAGUGAUUUAAUACUGACAAAGUACAACACAGCCUCACAGGGCAGCCUUUUUCACGUUUUUUGAAAAUGAAUGAAAGUGGGUGACAGAAAUUCGUAAAAACAGGAGAGACAGCCUUCCAUUGUAAAGGGAUUCUAAUGUGCUUCUUAUUUUUAACUAACUGUUUUAAAUUUGGCACAUGGUAUAAGGUAAUAAGUGAAAGGUUUAGGGCUACUUCAUGAAAACUGCAGCCAACCUGGAUAAAAUACCCCCCCAAUAAUAAAAAGAAGAAUUUUGAAGAACACUCCCACCCAUAGUCUGACAUUUCUCCAGUUUUUAAAUGAAUAAAUUGUGCUUGACUGACUGCCAUAGAAAUUGUUGUUAUGAAUGGAAAUGAAAACUAAAUUUCAUGCACAUUAUAAUCCGAUACAAUUCUAUCCUUACUGGUGAGUGAGGCUGAUUCUUGUCUGAGCGAUAGCUAACGGCUCACUUCAACCACCCAGGAAGCGGGAAAGUUUCACGUUUACUGAAGAAAACACAUUAAAACUGAAAUAUAUACACCAACUACCAAUUGUUCCCCUUUUCAUCAACAUAAAUAUGGUCUUAAAGUACAUAAAUAUUAUAGACAUAACUAAAAAAUAGAAAGUAACAAGUGCAUUUAACAUUCCCUAGCAGCUUACCCAGUGUUUAACUAGUGUUUAGCACAUUUGCCCAGAGAUUAGCAUUAUAUUAAUAUUGCGUUACAAAUUUACGGUUUAUGGCACCACAGCAACAACAUGUGGCUGCCCAAAGAAUCGGUUUAAUGUGCGGAGACAUCGGCUGAUGGCGAUUGUUUAAAAAUAUUAGUCAGUCAACCUUUAAUACAUACAUUAGAAUGGUUACAUUAUCAAUGAUUUAUAAUGAAGACCUUGCAUCCAAAAAACUGGGUCUAGAUAACUAUUAAGUAAACUGGGUACUAAAGACGGUUAUUACAGAAAAGGCUAAGAUUAAAACGAAAUUAAUUACUUUUGGGUAAGAAUUUAACAAUGUUUAACCCAAAUUAAGGAGGUUUUAGAAACGCGUUAUGUUUUAGCAGUAGUAAAGACCAGGGAGAUGAUGAACUUGUUUUUAUGUAAAUCUCAUUGUUAGCAGGGCAUUAAUUGUGAUAUUUAACAAUUAUGUUUGCAAUUUUAUCAUGAGAUCGUGUCAUUUGUAAGACUGCAGUUUUCGUGGCGUGACCCUUUAGUAAUACACAUGUGGUUGGUCCACUGUGGUUGUAUUGGACGUGUCAUCGUGGCCGGUGCGUCCACUUUUAAUUGUGUGUAUGAGAGAGAUUAAAGCCAUUCAGGGGAUUUUUAAGUGAGGUUUUUUUCUUGCUGACUUUUGACCAAGAACAGCCUUAAUGACUGAGAGGAGAUGUAAUGAUGUUAUAAAAAAUAUCCUCAGUGACUCAGGGGAUUUAUACCUGUGGAGUUUUAAACAAAAUGGGCUUCGGACGUGAUCCAGUCCAUGGCUCAAACCUGCAUCUACCUAUUUUUAGGCUUUCCCGUUUUCUGAGAAUUACAUUAAGCAUUGCAAAAGAUGGGUGAUUUUCUAUACCUACAUUUUGGCUCUUAACUGCUGGUAUGUUCUGUUGGUUAGAUUUGUUAAAUGAGGGCAAUAGACAGUUAGAAAAAUUGAGAAAUAUUACAGACACCCACAAUUCCUUUAUUCCGUCAUGUUUUAAUCAUUUAUUCAAUCACAACUGAAUUUCUUGUCAACAUGACAAGCCGUUUUCAGCUUUCAGGUUAACUGGCCAAACCAAAGAACUUUCUCAAUGUACUGUAUGUUAAUGUAAUGGUUUGAGUUGAGUGUUCUUUAAUAUUUACGCAUUAUUUAUGCAUAACCAUAUAAAAAUUGGAAUAGAAUUAAACUUCUGGUAUUGGAAAUAUCAAAUAUAUACAAUAUUUGUGCACCCUUUUUUCUUCCUGUACAAACAGUUUCACAGAAGAUAAAUUUUAAGCUGAUCUGCAUUCCAGUUCACUGAAUUUUUGAGUAGAUUCAGUAUCAUUACCUGCAAAUUAACUGAUCCACCUCGCAGACCCAGUACAUUUGUAGCAAAAGAUUUUCUUUGUUUCUUUUUUGACAUUUUGUGUUUGCACUGAAACUAUGCUGUGCUAAACUUGUGCAAUACUGCUGUAAAUAAAAGCUUCUUUUUCAUCUUUCUAAAAA